GUAUAGUUUGAAAAGUGAGUGACUUCAGAGAUGUGAAACAGAGGAGCAGUCACACACUUCUGAUACACAAGCUGUUCAUUACUGGAUACAUAUAGCGUUGGAUGCUACUUGCAUGGCAGCAUGAUGAUUAACGGAUGAGAAAGCCUUCUAAAGGGAAAUAUAGAGUCAGACUGCAUUCUCCUUAAACACUGAGGAUUCAUAAUAAUCACAUAUCAGCAUGGGUCAGAAUAAAAAGGAACAAGAUUUUUGCAACUAUAUGGACAGAAACAGCUGACAUAAACAGGAUUUAAAUUUGGAAAAUCCAAGACCGAAUCGUUUGCAUAGCUCCUGGAUGUAGGUCAUCAUGAGUGUUAUCAUAAGAGCAGCUGGAAAUUGAAAAUGCACCAUAUAUCACCUCCCAGCUUAGGAAUGAUCCGUUUUCCCACCUUCAUUUUUUUUUUUUUUUUUUUAUCUUUUCUCUUCUUUCUUCCAAACGACCUUCUUGAAUACAAAUAACACAUUUCUUCUGCUUUGCAUUCUUAUUCUGAUAUUAUCAAUUCAGAAAUCCCUUAGUUUAUCGCAAAUUAAUUAAACCAGCUCUAAAAAUCUAAAUUUGAAAAUAAUAUGUGAUCAUCUUUGAUAACCAUCUUUAAUCCUACAGUAUGUUUGACAAACCACAUUUAUUUCUUACUUUGUCCAUAAAAUAUACAAUAUCCUGAGAGAACUAUCUGUAGCACAGCAGCUUUUUUAAUCCGUAGAGGUAUCGAUUACUCCCUGCAUGUUCCAUUUUCUCUCAGCUUACCCUUUUUAGGAUCUCUGGCCUCAUUUAAAGCCUUUAUCAGACAUUAGGUAGUAAAUGUUCUCCUAAAUAUCUCACCUACGUUUGAUGAACAGAUGCAGUGCAAAAUGUGAAUGACACCAAUUUUCCAUUUUUCAAAAGAUUUAAAAUACAGGCAUUUGUGCUGUUUUAGCCAACUUAACAUUAAUCAUAACAUCAUAAGUUAAUCCCACAUUACAUGACACAUCCUCAUUGCUUUUGCAUAUUUAGACAGUAUCCGUUCCUUAUUUUUUCCCCACUUGUUAUUUCUCAGUCUGGUUAUUUUUGUAGUUGGGUUUUAGCUGCUAGAUUAUAUGAGAUUUCCCUUUUCCUGUAAAUGGCAAUUUAGAGAAUAGUACUGGAAUCUGUUAAAGGUGGAGCUACACAAAAGAUUCAAUUCUGCUGAAAGUUAAUUAAAGAGGACAGCAAAUACGGUUCAUUGUUUGAUUUGGUAGGGGUUCUUUUUUUUUUGUCUCUGAGCGGUAUGGACUAUAUCUGUGAGCUGAAAUCACCCAAAGGUGAAGAAAUCACAGAGGGUUUGUAUGGGCAUGAUAUUUUUGGUUUUGUUUUGAUCAUAAUCUGUAACUUUCCUUUGUUUGUCAUAUGAAACUUGUUUCUUCUUAAUGCUUCUCUCUGUCUGCUUUUCCACUGUGCAAUUAAUUGUCUUUUUUAUGGCUCUUUUGUAAUGUUUGGUCCUAUCUAAACCGAGCCUUAUGUGUUUGUACCUUCAGAUUUCUAUUGAUUUAUCCACUCACAUGCCAACUCAUGUGCUGACACCCAGACCCAUAUCCCCAAGUCUGCUUUUAAAUCCAGUGCAGUUGCUAUUAGAAUUUAGAAUUUACAUUGGAAACAAACAGAUUGCAUUAAACCUGGAUAAAAUUAUUUGUUGAUUAGUAUUUUAAUGCCGCUCCCUAGGUCAUGUUGAUGUUUUUUUGUUGUUGUUUUUUUGGCUAGCAUCAUAAAUGAAAUAUCGAGGUCAAUAGUUUCAGAAGUAAAGGAAUCUGUUUUGUAUACCAUGGUGAACCAUAACAAAAACAUAUUUUGAUUUAACAGUUUUUUUUAAAAAUCAAUUUUAGAACUGGCUACUCAUAUGCAUCUUUUCUUAUGUACACCUUAUGUACACUGCAUGCACACAUUUCUAUGUUUAUAUGCUCAUGUAUGUUUCCUGAUAUAACUCACGUGCACAUACACAAACAUUGUCAGUAAUGGGAGCUGCACGUGUCAAGCGUCGUUUCAGUGCAGUGGACACUCCUCUUAAUGAGGAAGAAGUAAUGAAGCUGGCUCAGAAUGAUGAUGUUACUGGGGUCUGUACAAGAGAUCUAUCUUCUCCAACUUGCAAUGGCAAGCUGCUUAACCAAAACAAUGGAGCAUCAGGGAUGCUCUUUGAGAGAAAGGAGGAAGAUGAUUAUGAUUGUGGUCACAAUGAUAGAGGAAGGUGGAGAGGAAGAGAAGGAGGCUGUGGUUUCAUGCUUGAGAGUGUAGCUAGGAGAGAAGGGGGAUGGGAGCGAGUUGAAAGGACUUUCUCUGUCUCACCGUCCGUGUCGACUCCUCUUACUGCCCAAUCUCACUUCUUGCCUCACAGCCGAUUUGUGGGCAAAGAUGGUCGCUGCAAUGUAACUUUCAUCAACAUGAACCAGAGGAACCAGAGGUACCUUUCAGACAUCUUCACCACCUGCGUGGAUAUUCGCUGGCGCUGGAUGCUGGUAGUCUUCACCCUGUCCUUUUUGCUCUCCUGGCUUCUUUUUGGAUUGGUUUUCUGGCUCAUUGCAGCUGCUCACGGAGACUUAAGUCCCCCACCAUCAUCCUCCAUCUCCCGCUCCUCAUCCUCCUCAUCUACCUCAUUCUCUUCUUCUGUAGCUUUAACAGAGCAACCAGUGGAUGAGCCUGAGGAGCCACUGGAGUCUAACCACUGUUUUCAGGAGGUGAAAACCUUCAUGGCAGCCUUCCUCUUUUCUUUGGAAACACAGACAUCUAUAGGGUAUGGCUUUCGGAGUGUAACUGAGGCCUGCCCCCUGGCGGUGCUUGCUGUCGUUUUGCAGUGCAUUGUGGGCUGCAUCAUCGACGCUUUCAUCAUCGGGGCGGUCAUGGCUAAGAUUGCCAAGCCCAAGAAGCGCAAUGAAACCCUGGUGUUUUCAGAUGUGGCCGUAGUAGCUAUGAGGGAUGGGAAGCUCUGCAUGAUGUGGCGAGUGGCAAACCUGCGCAAAAGCCACCUGGUAGAGGCCCACGUCCGAGCACAGCUGCUGAAGCCAAGGGUGACCCCAGAAGGAGAGUUUCUACCUUUGGACCACAAGGACAUUAACGUGGGCUUUGACACAGGAACUGACCGGAUCUUUCUGGUGUCCCCGGUGACCAUUGUGCAUGAGAUCAAUGAGGAGAGCCCUUUCUACGAGAUGGACCGGCAGAUGCUGGAGACAGAUGACAAUGUGGAGGUGGUGGUCAUACUAGAGGGCAUGGUCGAAGCCACUGCCAUGACCACACAGUGCCGCUCUUCAUACAUUGCACCUGAGAUUCUCUGGGGUCACCACUUUGAGCCUGUGCUAUUUGCAAAGAAAUCUGGCUACCAGGUGGACUACUCAUACUUCAACAGGACGUAUGAGGUUCCUGACACGCCAUCCUGCAGUGCUAAAGACCUAGCUGAGAAAAAGUACAUCUUGGGCUCCCGUUCCUCUUUCUGCUACGAGAAUGAAGUGGCUCUGCAGCUCUCCUCCUCUGCCCUUCCCUCCCCCAACAGCAUCUCUCCAUCCCCCUCUUCCUGUCUUUCACCCAUUCUUCUUACUCCUAGAGGAGGCACAUGUACUGAGCACCCACAAACACACAUUCACCCUCAGCAUGGGGGGUCAAAGGGCAAUAGGGGGAAAAGUGGAGAAUCAGGGUCACAAAGAGUGUGAAUAAAGGAUACAGAGAGAGCUGAAGGCAGUAGUAGAGUUACAUGAAGAUAGGGAGAAAGCUGGUACAAUGGACAGAAAGUCUGACAGGAGACAAAAAGGAGAAGGGAACUGAUUAAUGAUAGAGGGUCAUGAUUAGAAAAAGCAAAGAGUGGAGGAAGGGAGGUAGUGGAGGUAUAGUGCCCUUUUCUUGGCUGUCACAGCAAGAAAAAAAAAAAAGCUUAUGCAUAGAUAUCAACUCUUUGCUGAAGCCUAAUAGAAAAAAAAAAAACAUAAUGAGGGUGUAAGAGUGAAGGUUGGAUUAAACUAGCACAUUUCUCACUUCCAGAUAAUAUAUCUAAUAGACAAAGGGUUUGUUCGGAGGUGUUCAGGUGUCCAAGGAUUUUGCACAAAUGAGGGUAUUUAGUUUAUCAAUCACAAUUAGGUCAAAACAGAAAACUUGAGAUAGAGAGAAUGGACAAAAUUAAAACAGUUUGGGAGAGAGGGAGAGAGAGGCAUAUGGGGAGGGAUUCAGAGGGCUAUUUUCGGAUGAGGAGGGUUGCAACACUGGCCCACUUGGCUGAUUGGAAGUGGCAAUCUUUUAAAGUCAGUAUCACCGAUCGCUGAGUUCCUGCAGUGGUACAGAUACACAACAGUGAUCCCUUAUGGCUGUAAGAAGUAAAUGCAUAGAAUGAAACGUUACUUUUUAGUUUACAGGACAAGUCAAGUUGUAUUUCCAGCAUGAUGGUGUGACACAGGAUGCAUAAGUCUGUGGAAAAGCAAAAGUCUCUAAAAAACAGCACAAUACGGUGCACAGGACAGUGUCACUGUGUCGGUGUAUCAGGACAGGACUCACCGACUACACGGAACAACAGGAGCGUUAACAAAUUGAAUUGUGCAAAAGACCCAUGUUCAGAAAUUUCCAUGUGUGUGCAGAAGAGUUCUUUUUUUAAUACACAGCUCUUCAUGUA